AUGGUGGCCGGCGGCGCCGCGCGGCUGCUCCCGCUGCCGCCGCUCGCGCGCGCCGCCGCGGCCAGGCUCCGGCUGGCGCCGCCCGGGCGGGCGGGCUGCGGGCGCUCCGGGCUGCGCAACGCCCGCUGGGGCGCCCUGGCCUUGGCCGUGCCCGCGGCCGUGCCCGCCGGGACCGCCUGGAAGGAGAGGCCGGAGCGGCGCGGCCCGGCGUGGGCGGCGGAGCGCGGAGCGGAGCGGCCGCCACGGGGGCUGCUGCGGCGCCUGGGGCUGCUGCUGCGGCUGGGCGUCCGCGCCUGCGGGCUCCUGCUGCGCUUCGGGCCGCUGCUGCUGCUCUACCCGCUGGGCCGCCUGUGGCCCGGCAUGGGCGCCCGCUGGCUGCGGCUGCUGCGCAGGGCGGCCGAGGCCGCCGGCCCCACGUGCGUCAAGCUGGGCCAGUGGGCCAGCACCCGCAGGGACCUCUUCUCCGAGGCCUUCUGUGAUGAGUUCUCCAAGCUGCACGUCGAGGUGAGCCCGCACCCGUGGGGCCACACUGACGAGCUCUUGAGGAAGGCCUUCGGUGAGGAGUGGAUGGGCAUCCUCCAGUUCCCGAGCCGGGAGCCGGUCGGCUCGGGCUGCGUUGCCCAGGUGUAUAAAGCCUAUGCUGACCUCGCUGCCAUCGGCGGCUCCCGGGCCGAGCAGCUGGAGCCGCGCUCGGAGCUCAGGUCCGCCUUCCAAGCGUGGGAAGUGUCAGGCUUUAGAGGCCUCCUCGGCUGGCUGAGAAGGAGGAAGAGCAAGGACAUACGGGAUGAGAGGAGCAGGGAGGAACUGAGUUCUGCGGACUGCUCCCAGGGAAGUCCCGGGAGUGGGAUGUCCCUUAUGGAGCAGAGGGCCAAGCCACUCCUGAGCACAAGUCCGUCAUCAGCCAGACAUCUCGUGCCCGUAGCCAUUAAAGUCCUGCACCCUGGGCUGGUCCACCAAGUCCAGAUGGAUCUGUUUUUCAUGAAGAUGGGCAGCCGCAUCAUUGGCCUUCUCCCUGGGUUCAAGUGGCUCAGUUUGACAGAGAUUGUGGAGGAGUUUGAGAAGCUUAUGAUGCAGCAGAUUGACUUGCGCUACGAAGCCAGAAAUCUGGAGCGCUUCCGACAGAAUUUCCUAGAUGUCGAUUUUGUGAAGUUUCCCACUCCCCUUUGGCCCUUGGUAACAGCAGAUGUUCUAGUGGAAACAUUUGAGGAGAGUGAGCCCAUUUCACAUUACCUGCACGUGGAGAUUGGCACGGAGCUGCGGCAGAGACUGGCCAGGAUGGGCAUGGACAUGCUGCUAAAGAUGAUCUUUGUUGACAACUUUGUCCACGCCGACCUGCACCCCGGGAACAUCCUGGUUCAAGGCACGGCAUGGCCAGGCAGUGCCCGCCCGGAGCAGGCAGUGGUGCCGGAGCUGAGCGACACCGUGGUGCUGGGGGUGCAACCAUCCCUGCAGCAGCUGCGCCUGGUGCUGCUGGACGCAGGGAUUGUGGCGGAGCUGCAGAGCGCCGACCUGCAGAACUUCCGCGCCGUGUUCACAGCUGUGGUCUUGGGACAGGGGGAGAGGGUGGCAGAGCUGAUCCUGCACCACGCCCGUGCCAACCAGUGCCAGGACAUCGAGCGCUUCAAGGCUGACAUGGCAGAGCUUGUCACCAAGGCCCGGGGGAACACCAUUGCCUUGGGCAAGCUUCAGGUGGGAAAUCUCCUCUCGAGUGUCUUCAAACUAUUGAUGACCCACAAGGUGAAGCUUGAGAGCAAUUUUGCUUCCAUCAUCUUUGCCAUCAUGGUUCUGGAAGGACUGGGACGUUCACUGGACCCUGAACUGGACAUCCUGGAGGCAGCCAAGCCACUGCUCAUGAAAACUGCAGUUUCUGCCCUCAAAUAGACUCCUGUGGCUGCUGCCCUCUCCCUGUGGGGGCUACCUGUGCUGCCUGUCAGCUGACAUAGAGGAAGCUGAAGGUGAGAAGUCACAGGUACCCCAGAGAUGUGGUGUGCAGUGGUUGCUCUCCACUAAUGCUGCCUUCAGUCGUUUCAGCCAAGCACCAGGCAUGGGAUGAUCUGAAGGUCUAUUCCAGAAAGCAGGAAGAAUUUGCACAAUUGGACAUCUCCCACUCAUUGCACAGUUCUAAGAGCUAUUGUGCUCUGGUAGAUUUUAAAAACAUCUUCAAAAACAUUGUUAAUUGAUCAAGUCUGUUUUAAAAUAUAUCAGGUUAAAUAUUUAAUUUACUGACUUACCUGCACUGUGGUAUGAGAAAUUAUGUUCUAGCAUUACGUAAGCAAGACAUUCAAGCUGAAAAAAGCCAGUAAACCUGUUUGUCUUUUGUACUUUUAACUUCUACUUUUAUUGUAGAAGUGUCCUAACAUCCUGCAUGUAGCGGUCUGCUCUUAGUCAUUUUGGAUGACAAAACCAGACCAUUAAAAUUUUUUUUCAAACUUCUGUACUCUAGUACAUUAUGAUAGGAGUUUGGAUUAUAAACAGAAUAAUAAAAUAUUUACCUAGGCAGAAAAACCUACCCCCAUAAUAAAAAACAACUUCUGGGAA